AUGUUACCUCAAAUAUUUUUGUUAUUGUUGACAAUAGCCACACGAACCAACCAGGAGCGCAUCAUAACCACGCUUAAAUACUCCACAUUUCGUGUGGCUCCCAAAGUAAUUCAUGGAAACCCGGUGUUGAAGGGCCAGGUCCCCUACCUAGUCUCUAUAAAGGAGUCUUCAAUCAACAUCACCCGGGCGAAGAAGUUAUGGGUCAACCUUUGUGGUGGAAGCAUCAUCAAGAGCACCCAAGUGCUGACAGCUGCGCACUGCUUUGAAGACAAAAAUUUUUACUAUGCUAAAAACUUUUAUUUGUUGCGGGUCGUGGCGGGGAAUACGCGCAACGAUUUGAUAGAUUCAGGUCGCACGUCAACAUCAGAAAAAGCUCAAUGGCGGACUAUAGUAAGGGUGGCAAUACACGAACGCUUCAAUUUCCCCUUAAAUGACAUUGCACUGGUAAUCGUGGACACUCCAUUUGUGUUCUCAGACACAGUCAAUUACAUUAUACCAGCGAGGAAGUUGACAGAUUAUCCUAAAACAUGUAUAGCGGCUGGUUUCGGCCAGACUGGCAAGGGACCUGAAAUGUCUCGGGAACUGUUAUGGGCCGACAUCGCGGUACUCUCGAGACAGCAGUGCAACACGUGGUGGGAGAUGGAAAUGAACGACUUCAUCUGCACUAACUCUCAGGCUUCAGACGUUGGAGGUGGCGACUCCGGAGGUCCUUUGGCCUGCUACGGGACCCUCGACCCUAAUGAGCAGAAAGGCAGGGACCUCCUAGUAGGCGUCGUGAGCGGCAAAAACUAUGACAAAACUACGCUCUUCACCAGAGUAUCUGCCUUCGACCAUUGGACCUGUAACCUGGUGCACCUGUUACUAAAAUGUGCGCUCAUCGAAGAGUCGAACAAACAUCCCACUUACAUAAUAAAACACAGAUUACUAAACUAG